AUGAACCGCUCUAUAGAGAAUUUUACAGUUGUUAAAAAGUUAACCCGCAGCACCAUACUUCUAAUAUUCCUGCAAGCCAAGAUUCCUAAACAUUUCCAAAAUUAUAGAGAUAACAAUUUAGAGAAUUUUCAACGUCCAGAGCUGCCUACAGAUUUUAAUUUCUUAGAGGAGAGCAAGAAGGCAAAUAAGUUAGAGCUCUAUCGCUGA